AGUGAGCGCCGGCUUCAGCAGGAGCUCCAAAGAAAGCUCCGCGGCCGUGGCCGCUCAGAGCAGGCCAGGCAUCUCUCGCUGACGGGGCUUUUCCUUGGAGCUGGCGAAGGCAGGGCCGCAGUGCGAGCUGCCGCAGUAUUUGGGCCUACGGUGGGGCAGGUGAGGGCAGUGAAGGACGGAGCUACAUCCAGAUCUCAUUAUGUAUCAGAAAAAUGAAAAAACAGAGGAAAAUUCUAUGGAGGAAAGGAAUCCACUUAGCCUUUUCUGAGAAGUGGAACACUGGGUUUGGAGGCUUCAAGAAGUUCUACUUUCACCAGCACUGGUGCAUUCUGAAAGCGAAGUUGGGAAGGCUAAUUACUUGGAGCAGGCAGUUGAGGCAUUUCCAGUGCAGAAAGAAGGCCCUUCAAAUCCAGAAAACGUGGAUCCAAGAUGAACCCUUUUUUGCUAAGGCAAAAUUGAAUGUGGCUGCUGAAAAUGUUAAUACUUUUUCAUCUAAGGUGAAAAGAAAAGGCACUAAACACUUUGUUUCCUCCUCGAGGACACUCCUGAAACUCCAAGCAGAGAAGCUGCUGUCAUCAACAAAGAACUCUGACCAUGAAUACCAUGGAGAAAAAAGUCUCUUGAAGGCAGUUGCUGACUUGUCAGCAAAUAAUGUUUUAGGUCAGGCCAUUGGUCACAGACCUAGGACAGAGCUGCAAGCUUCUGACUUUCCCAUGACGUUUAAUGGAGAGAGUCAAAGUUCAAUUGAGAGUGGUACCGUUGUGGUCACUUUGAGCAAGCAUAAGAGAAAGCGCUUUUGUUAUGGCUACUACCAAGGGCUGGAGCACCACAGGAAUGGGGGACCCCUGACUGCAAAAAAGUUCCAACUUAACCAACAAAGAAGAGUAAAAGUAUCUCCAUUUAUGAUGUAUGAGAAAUUACCCAUGAUUAGGUUUCGGUACAGGAUUCUCAGAUCCCAGCACUUCAGAACAAAAAGCAAAAUCUGCAAGCUAAAAAAAGCCCAGCAAAGCUGGAUGCAGGUCCCUGGGGACCAUCAAGAGACCCUUAGGGAGAACGGUGAGGGUGGCAGUUGCAACCCGUUCUCUUCCCCAGAACUUAAAGACCCUUCUUGUCAGCAUCAACCGUGUUUCCCAGGUAUGGACAGCAAUGCUGUGGUGAAGGGAAAGAACUCUCAUAUGCCUGAUGGCUGCACUAAAGGAAGCCCUUUUUUGGGCAAGGAGCUUAGUUUAGGUGAAGCGUUUCCUGACCAACAAAAUGGCAGUGCCACUUACACCUGGGACCAGUCACCCUGUUCCUCUCCUAAGUGGGAGUUUCCAGAGCUGAUUCAUGACAUCUCCUUACCAGACCAUCAUUCUAGUAAUGUGUUUAUCUCAGAAUCCAACAGAGAAGCUAUGACUCUGGAUCAAGAAAAUCGGACAAGUACUCUCAAAGAUGACAGGGUAAAAUUGUCAUUGUCUGGGGUAGAUCAAUCUGUAAGUAGUAUAGAUGGGCCUGUGUCCGAAGAGCCUGUUCAGAAAGAGAGCUCAUGCCAAAUGGAUGAGGAUGGAUCCCUCAAGCAGAACAUUCUUAGUUCUAAGUUGCUGGACCACCCUUAUUGUAAAAGUCCACUGGAGGCUCCUUUGACAUGUAGCAGACUCAAACUAGAAAGUCAAGUGGGAAGUGGGAAGACCACUCAGAAAACAUCUCCAGUGGAUGAUGAACAGCUGUCCAUCUGCCUUUCUGGAUUUCUAGAUGAGGUUAUGAAGAAAUAUGGCAGUUUGGUCCCACUCAGUGAAAAAGAUGUCCUUGGAAGAUUAAAAGAUGUCUUUAAUGAAGACUUUUCUAAUAGAAAACCGUUUAUCAAUAGGGAAAUAACGAACUAUCGGGCCACACAUCAAAAAUGCAACUUCCGUGUCUUUUACAAUAAGCACAUGCUGGAUAUGGAUGACCUGGCGACACUGGAUGGUCAGAAUUGGCUGAAUGACCAGGUCAUUAAUAUGUAUGGUGAGCUGAUAAUGGAUGCAGUGCCAGACAAAGUUCACUUCUUCAACAGCUUUUUUCAUAGACAGCUGGUAACCAAAGGAUAUAAUGGAGUAAAAAGGUGGACUAAAAAGGUGGAUCUGUUUAAAAAGAGUCUUCUGUUGAUUCCUAUUCACCUGGAAGUCCACUGGUCUCUCAUUACUGUGACACUCUCUAACCGAAUUAUUUCAUUUUAUGAUUCCCAAGGCAUUCAUUUUAAGUUUUGUGUAGAGAAUAUAAAAAAGUAUUUGCUGACUGAAGCCAGAGAAAAAAAUAGACCUGAAUUUCUUCAGGGUUGGCAGACUGCUGUUACAAAGUGUAUUCCACAGCAGAAAAAUGACAGUGACUGUGGAGUCUUUGUGCUCCAGUACUGCAAGUGCCUCGCCUUAGAGCAGCCUUUCCAGUUUUCCCAAGAAGAUAUGCCCCGAGUACGGAAGAGGAUUUACAAGGAGCUGUGUGAGUGCCGGCUCAUGGACUAAAACUCAGCAAGGCUGGGAAGUCUGACCAAGUUGCAGCAGAUGGUUUGUUACUUGAAUCUCCAAACACUUAUUUGAAUUUUUACAGAUAUUUCAGAUCAGUGGUAUUGGGCCACUAUUGUUACCUCAAGUUUAUUUUUAGCGCUUAUUCAUUUCUCUUGCUACCAUGUACUAUUUUUUAAUGUUCAGUUUGGUUUCAGUUUUAACUUUAUGGAUUCCAUGUGUUCCCCCCACCCCAUAUUUAAUAUUUAUUAUCCAAAUACCGCAUGCAUAUAGACAGAGCAUGCAGUGCAGAGUAUUAAAAAAAAGCCUAGUAGAUUUGGUGCAGCUUUUGAAACUUAGUUAGAUGUGAACUGAAUACAGGUUUAAAAUUUAAUUAAUCCCAGAACCUAAAACUGCAGGAUGUUUUUGAUACAACAUAACUCUGAAAGUAUUAGGUGUUCCCUGGGCAUAAAGGGUAGCUAGGAGUUGUUUUGACAAAUCCAGUCCUACCCUACUUCCUUUUACCAGCAGUACCUUCACUGACUUCCCUAAGUGAGUCUUAGAUUGUGAGUUGCAUUCCUUUUGAAGGGUGAGAGGAAGUGGCCAUAAACUAACUGGUGUGUUUUUUACACGAAGACACAUUUGAGAAUUAUAAUAAAUGCCUAAGACUUAUAAAGGUUUUUGUUGGAACAUUGAAUUCUCUGGAUUUUUGUUUUUGACCCAUUAAAAAACUUAGUAUCUAUCAAACAAGUGGUCAAAGAAAUGAGAACUCAGCCUAAGAAUAAUUUACAAGUUGACACUUCCCUUGUGUUACCUUCCUUAAGAAAUUAAAAUUUGCCAAAUACCUUUCUAUUUCAAGGGUAUUUAAAAUACUAACAUUUAAAAUGAAGACUGGCUUCAGGUCUUUUGCAGGAGUCAUUGGCCCCCCCCACACACACACACACUUAUCUGUUUAGUGAUCUCAGGAACAUGCAGGGCUCCUCAUUUGGCCUCUGCUUGAUGGACCCUGAGACUCUGCCACCAGAGUCCUUUUUUCGCUUCUAUGAACAUCAUUUUCUGCAGAAAGGCAGAAGCGGCCCUGUCCUUACACUUGGCUUCAUUAGGGUUAAUGUAAUGGAUCUUGCAUCUUUAGCCUUUCGUGGUAUGUAAAAGGAAAUAAAAGUGCAUGUUAGACUUCCCUAUUAUCUGUUCUGAAAUGGGCAGGAAAAACAACGGAUAUAGUAAGAAACCCAGAAGCUUAUACAGAAAAAUACCAACAAAAUGGCUGAAGACACUUGGGAUCUAGGCCUAGUUAGGUGUUGAAAAUAAAAAGCUAAAAUGUGCAGUUUAACUUCACCAAGCUAAGGCUGACUGCCAGCAGGUAAGGGCAUUUACAUACAGGGUUCCCUCCCCAGACAUUCCAAGCACCAACACCAGUGUUUACAUUGUAAACAGCCUCAGAACGUGCCUAAGUUUCCCAGACUCAAAACUCCUUAGUAUAAAACCAGGUCAGUAUUUGUUGUGCUUCAAGUAGUUAAAAAGACAGAUUAGAGGUACUUUAUGCUGCUAUAUAGGUAGGGUUGUGUUUGCAUUAGGAAAGAUGACAGUUUAAAAUGGGGAGGACAUCUUGAGAUUUUCAAUUUUCAGACAUAAGCAUGCAAAAUGAGAUUUUCCCAAUAUGUAUGUGAUACUUUUGCUUACAUUUUUUUUGUAGCUAUACAAAGUAGCGAGUAACUAGGCUAUUGAUUCAAAAUGUCUUAUACUUUGGAGCUCCCUAUCUUAUUUCCUUACUGACAGAAUUAGGCAUACAGAAGAGACAGAAGUGUGUUCUGGUAAGAAUCUUAUUUAAUGCCCAAAGCUUGACUUGCCAUUUAUUUCUUCCAGUUGAGAAAUGGCCAUCAUCUCAGCAUUGAGGCUUGCAGGGAUGUUCACAGGGAACGUAAAGCGAGCUGUCCAAGUCCAGUUUUUCAUUCACUUCCAGCUUUAUAGGACACCUUGAGGUGCACUGUUCAGCAUGCUUUAGCCUAAAUUACACAUAUUUUAAGUCUGGUUAAAAUGUUUCUCUGCAUUCAUGAAACUUGGUUUUGAUACACAGUCACUUCAACCCCUGUCCCUUAUGGUAACCUCUAUUUAGCCCAAGCCCUACAUUAGAAUGACCUUUGUCCUGAUGUUUGCAGUAAUUAUUUCUUUGCAACAAAGACAUUUUUGAAGUACAGUCUGGGCAGUUGGUGAGAGAGAUAGGCAUUGUUCUACUGUUACUAGCUUGGCACUGAAUUGUCCACAAGGUGGGCACACCUUAUGCUUUUGGGGUUGAUUACAGGCCUUGUACAAACUAAAAGCUACCUACAAUGUGCCUUCAAGAUGCCCAAUUCUCUCCAUCAGCAAACUUACCAGUCUGUCAUUGCUUCUUUCCAGUGAUUUUUUUUUCCUUUUCUUAAAUUUAUAGCAAUGAAUGUAGAUUUCAUUCAACUUUUAGUUAAGAGCCCUCAAGAACUGUAGAGAACCAACCUUCUCUGAAGGGAACCUCCUAAGGGAAAAGAAGCACUUACUCCCAGUAGUCCCUAAAUCCCUUUUCUGGAAUUGCAUUGUAUUUUCUAUUUAUCAUUAAAUAGGAGUUACACUGGUCAUCUUGAAUUCUUAGUUGGAACAAAACAUAGCAGACUUAACUGGGAGACAGCCAGCACUAGCCUAAACUGAGCUGCCCCUUUUCUCCACAGUCAUGGUUCAUUCACUGUGUUAAAGAGAGAGAAUGGGAAACUCUGGGUGGAUCAGACCCUUCAGGCAAGAAACAGUGUAUUAAUGGUGUGCAUUAGAUAUAUUGACUGCCUGCUCUGCUUAGUGAUGUUAACAAACCAAACUAGCCCUGGCCAGUGUGGCUGUUGGUUAAGCAUCAUCCCGCAAACCAAAAGGUUGUGGUUUGAUUGCAGGACAGGGCACAUGCCUGGGUUGCAGGUUCCAUCCACAGUUGGGGCGUGUACAGAAGACAGCCAGUUGAUGUUUUUCUCUCAUAUCAGUGUUUCUCUCCUUCCCCCUCCCAGCCCCCCUCCCUAAAAUAAAAAAUAACAAAAAGAAACCGAACUAAUCUGCAGUUAUAAAGCACAUACUUUAUGUGCUGGGCUCUGCCUCCUGGCCUGUAGACAACUUAAGAAAUCCUAGGGAAUACCAUCAGAGAAGUGCUAAUUGUAUUUGGGCAUUACAAAAGCAGACCUACACAAGCUGUUCACUUAAGGGGUACCUUUUGGUCAGAAAAUAAAUUUGUUUAAAGGUUGUGAUCAUGUAAAAUGACUCAAACCUUCUAACAAAAAUAUUUUUUUGAUAAAAAAAAUAAACUAAAUGCCUUUAUAAA